AUGCAAUCAGUAGUCGACGCAGCGAAAGCAGCUUCUGCGACGGUAGUAGGGGGAGCGACGUCCCUAGCUAAUACAGCGGCCAGUUAUACCGGAUUAACCAAUGUGACUACUGGACAACAUUCACACGCGGAAGAACAUAAUCACAAAUCUACUUUACCACCUGAUUCAACAGCUUCAGAAAUCAAAAAAUUCGAUGAAGAAGGAUUGAAAGUAUUUGAAGAUGAUCAAGUCCGACAUGAAAUUCUGGUAAAGAUUAAUAAACUUGCCCUCGAAGAUAUAAGGCAUGGUCUCAAGGAAGUAGCUUCACUCGAGUUAGUAGGUCCAGAUGGAAUCAAAAAGGGAAUUUCAUACUACCAUCCAUUGAGAUACUUUGUCGUCACCAGACCCCUUGGAUUAGAUUAUAUCGGUGAAAUCGAGAUUGAAGAUGGUAAAUCCAUUCAUGUGCGCGUACACAAGGCUGGAUCCGGUAACGCGCCGCUCUUCCAUUCACUCGAUACUAGACCGUCUCAAGAAGGUGGAGCAGUUUUCAAGACAGGUGAGCCACUCAGUUGGUUCGACUACUAG